GGACUGGCAGCGCCUGUCUGCGGAGCCAAGUACACAGGCGCUUUGGAAACAUCCCUGCUACAGUCUGCAAGUGCAAUCCAGCUCUGCACUCCCACCGAACCCGAACGCUGCCCUGCACCACCCACCAGUGAUCAGUUUCAGGCUUGCAGUGACUGCUCAGUAACUGUGGGGGAGCGCCCCCUGGCGUCUCUCCUAGGACGCGGACUAGUGGGACGGCGAGGGGAGAGACGAAAGCUUUGCAAAGUGACAGCAAAGCGAUGGGAGAUGAACUGAGAUUUGCAACCGUUUAAUUGCGAUUUUCCUUCUUGCAGCGGUCCCCCGCCUCUCCCCCCUCCUCCACCGAAGCACACUCGCAGAAAACAAAGAGCAGUUGCCAAGAUCAUAGAGGGCCAAGAAAUGAUCAUAACCCUGGAGAGUAUAAAUAUCCAUGGCGAAGUUGUGUGAGAACAGCAUUCAUCGCUACCAGCUGUGCUGCUGAGAACUUAGCAUUCAUUGCACCUAGUGAUAGCUGUCAUUUCCCUCCCUCCCUGUUGGUAUAUUUAAAAUAUAUAAUUUAUUUUCCACAAGCAAGUUUUUGAGGAAUUUUAGCUUCUGGUGGACUUGCUGAUUUUGAGAGAUCUGUACAGAGCAGUAGAGCUGCCUUUGAGAAAACCAGAGUGCUUCCAUCUCCUUCAUCUCGACUUCCAUUGAGUAGAGAAUGACCAUGAGUACUGCCCUGUCUUGGUUCUUCCCUCUUGGAUGUUUACUGGUUUUGAUGCAUGAAGCGCAAGGCUUUUUCUUGCCCAAUGGCACACACUUCGAGAGCAUUUUGAGCCAAUAUCACUCCAGAGCCAAGAGAGCCAUUCCAAGGUCAGACAAAGAGGAGAUUUUGAUGCUUCAUAACAAGCUGAGAGGUGAAGUCUAUCCUUCAGCCUCCAAUAUGGAAUACAUGACCUGGGAUGAUGAGCUGGAAAGAUCUGCAGAGGCUUGGGCCCAGGAGUGCAUCUGGGAUCAUGGACCUGCCAGCCUCAUUAUGUCCAUUGGUCAGAAUUUGGCUGUUCAUUGGGGCAGAUAUCGUUCUCCAGCCUUCCACGUCCAAUCUUGGUAUGACGAAGUUAAAGAUUAUACUUAUCCGUAUCCCCAUGAAUGUGACCCUUGGUGUCCAGAAAGAUGCUCUGGAGCAAUGUGCACUCACUAUACCCAGAUCGUUUGGGCCACAACAAACAAGGUUGGCUGUGCUGUAAACGUCUGCGAACAGAUGAGUGUUUGGGGAGAAAUCUGGGAGAAUGCCGUCUACCUGGUCUGCAACUACUCUCCCAAGGGAAACUGGAUUGGAGAAGCUCCUUAUAAAAAUGGCAGGCCCUGCUCUGAAUGCCCACCGAGCUAUGGAGGAAGCUGCCAGAACAACCUCUGUUACAAAGAUGACCACUACGUACAAAAGCCUGAGCGGGAUGAGACUAACGAAGUGGAGGUCCCACAAAUUACAGAGGAAAAACAAGUGUGGGUGCAAGAACGGGUGACCAAACCCACCAAAUCAACCAAGAUCAAGAAAGUCAUCACAACCGCGAACAGUUUCAUGACACAGGUCAUUAAGUGUGAUACCAAAAUGAGGGACAAAUGCAAAGGAUCAACGUGCAACAGGUAUCUGUGCCCAGCUGGCUGCGUGAACAGCAAGGCAAAAAUCUUUGGAACGUUCUAUUAUGAGACUGCAUCCAGUAUAUGUCGUGCUGCAAUUCACUAUGGCGUCAUAGAUGAUAAAGGAGGACUGGUUGACAUCACUAGGAAAGGGAGAUCACCCCUUUUUGUCAAGUCUACAAGAAAUGGUGUUGAAUCUUUAAGUAAAUAUAAACCUUCAAAUUCAUUCGUGGUUUCCAAAGUCACAGUGCAGACGCUGGAUUGUUACACCACUGUAGCUGAGCUGUGUCCGUUCAAAAAGCCAGCAACUCAUUGUCCAAGGGCUUAUUGUCCAGCUCACUGUAAAGCUGAGCCAGCAUACUGGGCACCAGUCUUUGGCUCCAAGGUUUAUGCAGAUAGUUCCAGUAUCUGCAAAACAGCCGUGCACGCUGGAGUCAUUGAAGACGAGACUGGCGGUUAUGUGGAUGUAAUGCCCGUGGACAAGAAGAAAAACUACGUUGGCUCUUUGAAGAAUGGCGUCCAAUCUGAGAGCUUGAAGAGUCCCAGUGAAGGGAUGGCUUUCCGAAUUUUUUCCGUGAAGCAGUAAAUUCCCUGGCAAGUUUCUUCUGGAGAACAAUCCACUGAUUUUGAGGGACAGCAACAUUCAUUUGAUGGCAUCUGCUCUGAACACAUUCUCCUUGCCAAUUUCUUUCAGGGAAAAAAGGUUCUGACUCAACUCUCCACGUCACAUCUGCACCAAUUUUUUUUUUUUUUUUUUUUACAAAUUCUAGGGCAUUCAGACUGUUGUAACUUCAAAUUCCAAAAGAGGUGUGCUGAACAGCUCGAGUGUGGAUUAAUUUACAACAAGUAUCAGAACUCCCAGCUGGUCCACAGAUAGUAUUUUAGGUCUUGAAGUACCUACCCCAAUGGAAGUACCAACACAUGUUGGCAAGGUGGAGUAUGUAGUGCGGAUGGUGGGCCCUUUAAAAAAUAGUUUUAAAGCUGCUCCUUUUGUAGGGUGAGGCAUACAACUUCUUUGGAACUGUUUAUAUGGCGGGGUUGGCUUUUCUGUUUAAGAGCUAAACCUUAGUGUUUUCCUUAUCAGAUCACAUGUGCGUAGGAAACGUUGAGUGAGGUCUGCGGCAUAUUGCAUUAGGGCAAGUGGUGUCAUGAUGUAACGUGCGGUCAGAGGUCUUGUGGCUGCCUGAAGGACUCCUGGAGAUGAGGUUGUCUGGAAAAUGUGGUGAAAGUAAGAAAAGGUGGUGAAGAUCCCCGCCCGUGAGAAACAAGGAUCCCAGCCAACCACACAUACAGUGUUGAUGUUUGCUGGCCAAACAUUAGCAGAUAGUUAGGAAUUUGGGUUACCUAUGAGAAGUUGUGGAAUUAGAGCUCCUGUCCUGGCACAUCUCUGUAUUAUGCUACACACCGUUUUGUUUUUUUUUUAAUUUACAGUUAAAUGCAAUUUAUUGUUCUAUACAGCAGUGCUGGUUUUGUCUGUAGUAGUUAAGCAGUGAUAAAAAGUUAAUCUUAUUUUUUUUAGAAAUCGGUGCAUCUAUAUAAAGUGUGUUCACUUUAUCUUUCUGAAAUUUUUGUACAGUUCUGAGGCUUUAAAUAUACAGAAUGGGACUGGAUUGUUUGCUUGCAUACAGUCGAUACCAUAUAGUGAUCUUAGCUUCUAACAUGAUUGCUGUGUCUGUGAGCAUCUGGAAUCCAAAGUGUUGGGUUUUAAAAACUUGUAUGUAUUCUAAUGAAUUCAUAUUUAAUAAUUUGAGUCAUUCUGCUAUGAUCAGCUGUUUAAAUAUAUUGCAUAGAAUGAUUUUGAGGGAAUUAAAACUAGCCACAAAAUCAGCCUAGUAUGAACUCCCAACUUUGAGAGUUAUUAGAAUUGGUCUAAGCAUCUUAACUCAGUAACUUACAUUAACCCUGAGAAGGCAACAUAACCUUUAACUCUUUGGUUGAUGUAAAAAGGUAGGCAUCCCUUCACUCUGUAACUCAAUUGUAGUAUGUGACAUAUGAGGAAUAUUUCACUUACUGUUACAAUUAUUUAGCCACUCUGUCUGGCAGAUGUUUCAUGCCUUUCCAUAGCCUUCCAAGGUCCUAGCUAUGUUUAAAUUAAACUAGAGGGAUAGGAAAACCAGCUAUAAACCUAUUCCAAAACAUGGACCAAUAGCAUUAUAUGGAUAAGUACUUAUUUUAUUUAAUUUUUAAACUCCAUGAAAUCAGCAAGGAAAUUACGUCAGUCCCUUUGUUUCAUAACUGAGGUUUCCUUUCUUUGCAAAAUCUGAGUUUAAAAAGAGACCUUUCAUAACUGAGCAGGUUUGCACGUUUUCAAGAAGUUACACGCAGCAAACCUACUUUUGGAAUAGCUCUGGUAAACACCUAUUCUUUAUUUAUUUAAUGUGGUCUUUUAAGGUAUGUUGUUUGCUUGUAGUGAGGAAAACCAGUUACAUUUUCAAGGUAAAUUUCUGUGACAAAUAGCCGGAAUGUGUCUUUAAAAAGUACCUGUUCGGAAGUGACUAAAAUCUUGGCCAUGAGAUAAGUCAGGUUCCUUGUUUUGCCUAUUGUGAAUAGUAAGAUUGGAAACAAGCUACUCUAAUGCCACCAAAUUUUGUAGUAUGAUUCUGUGGCCUUCAUAGGCCAAAUAGGAGUUACACCUUCAAUAGCUGAGGCUAGAAAUGGAAAACAUAAUAAGGAUCAAUCAAAUGUCCACUGAAGUCAGUGGCAGCCUUUCCAUUGAAUUCAUGGGUGUUGGAUUGGGCUCAUGUUUAGUUCUAUUGUAUAUCCCAGUCAAAGUAGAUCAUCUUUUCGUCAUUGCCCCGGCUGUGAGAAUCAGUCAUCUUGUAGAAGAAUGGACAGAAAUCUGGACUGGAAUAACAGGAAAAUCUGAGAAUCACCAAGAAGUAUAUAUAUAAAUUCAAUUGACCUAGAAUGUAUCUUUCUUACAAAAGAGGAAGAUUAAAAACAUAAAAAGUGAAGCUGUGAAUAUAAAAUAAAUUAUAUCAUCAUUCUAUAGCUUGAAUUAUCUUCAGCCAAACAAUUUGGAUUUUCAGAAACAGGUAUUAGUGUACGUCUGUGUCUCUGUUUAGUGUUAUAUAUGCUGUACAACAAAUAAAUCAGGACUUCGAUGAACAAUCAUUCUUCGAGGUUCUGGGUGCUAUUAGUUAAAUAAUAUCUGUACCGUAUUUAGGAAGGGUCACAUCAUGCAUGGCAUUAUUAAGGCAUAUCUUUAGUUGUGUUCAAUUGUAUAUACCAGCUGCCCAUAUUUAGGUGGAACAGGCUCUGUUUUAGCCAAAUAUAUACUGAUUUUACAUCUGUCUUACCAAAGCAUUUCUCAAUCUAAUAUGUUUCAAUAGAGCUUUCAGAGGCAGUGUCGUCUUGUCUUUAUAUUAUCAAAUGCCCUGAUUUAGACACCGAUUCAGCAAGGUACUUAAGAACGUGCCUCACUUUAAGCAUGUGAGUAGCUUCACUGAUGUCAAGGGGGUCAGAUUUUUAAAGGUGUUUAGGUGCCUAACUACACUGAGAUCAACAGGCAUUAGGGAUCCAGUAGCUAAUCACCUCACAGAAUUGAAGCCUCAGAGAUUUUCAUUGCUGGCAAAUAAGUUCAAUUUCAACACCAAUAAAAUCAACGAGAAACAUCAUGUCACACAAUUGUCACUGAAAAGAAUCUGGUUCCACAUGCUGGAUUUCCAGAGAGCAUAAGAAGUUUCUUUGGUCAGAGAUACUGAAGUGCUGUUCUAAAUAAGGGUGCUUUCCUGAAUCAGGGCCCCAUGAGUAGUCCCACUGGAGUUAAUGUGCAUUGGAAGCAAUCUAGGGCAGAGUACCCGAAGUCAAUGGGACCAUUUGAGACAGAUUUUUGUUACCAAUCUGUCUGAGGCUGUAGGAUUGUUAGGGGAGGAGGCGGAGCACAUCCAGGGUCUAAGUUUUAAAGCUUUAUUAAUAAAAUAACAGGGGUGAGUGUUGGGGGCUCCCCACGUUACUCAGAGGAAGGAAAAACGCGUGAGUGCCUGUACCCUAACCCACUUUCAUACUCUCACACGCACAAGCCACAGCUGGUCAAGCCUGGGUGUAAUGUAAGAAGAAGAGGGGAAAGGGUGGACGAGAGUUCUGUCCUGUGCACAGGCCGCCUAGGGUCCACUGUUGAUUUUUGAUUUGCUUUAGCUCUUAGGAGGGUUUUAAGUCCUUGGGUUUUUGGGAUGUUUUGUUUAGGGACCUUUGUCCCCAUUGCUUUUUGUAUCACUUCAAACUGGCUUUCUGUGGCCUCCUCAGCUUUCCCAAAACACACUGGCUUCAGGGACAUGGGGUUCCAUUUUCCCCCUUGCUGGCCUUUAUCGUUUCACCAGUUUUGCAAUCCCCUGCCUAGCUGACCCCCCUUUUCCCAUGGUUGGCUGGGGUUGGGUAAGAAGCAGAUGUGGUUGCAGGUUUUUUGGCUACAGAGUCUGUUUGAGUGCCGUGACCUUGGACUGGAGCCCGCAUCUUAUUUUCAGGCUGAGCUGAGGCGUUGAGUUAACCUGUUUUCUUCUCCCUGCCGCCCCCUUCGGCCUCUCACAACCUGCAAAGGAAUCUUCCGCUCCACAGGCAAACCUUUAACCCUUCCCAAAAUGGCUUGCGAUGCUCGCAACAGGGUUAGUAACAUACAAUGCUGAUUUGCCUCCCUGGGGGGGACUCCCUGAGGGAGGCAGUCACUGGGUUGUGACACAUUAACAUAGUAAGGUGCUACUGUACUGAGCAUACGUUCGUGUAUCUGAAUUUGGCCCCAUUUUGAUUUUUUUCACUAUGCAGAGUGUGGAUACAGGAGAACAGCAAAGAGGGGAAAAAACCCACUAAAACAUAAGAGGAGUCACUUGGGUUUUUAUUUUAGUGUCCCACCAAGAUUUUAAGGCAAUUGAAGGUGGGAAUUAGAUCAUUUGAAACCCCUCCCUAACAACUGCAUUUCUGUUGUUCUUACCUGGCUUUGAAGCAGCGAUUGAUUUGAGUAGCUAUUGACCAUAGGCUGCCUCAGCCUGCAGUUUAUGUAUUUGCCUUUUUUCUAUGAAAAACGGGUUUUUGUUUUUACUACUUCCUGUGUACAAAAGUUUUAGUGUAAAGGGGUUUUGCCUUCGCAUGAUCUUUACAGGGCUGCAUUUUUGUUUAUAAAACUAUCAUUUUUCUAAAUGCAGAACUGUAGAAUAUCUUUUUGUUUUCUGAAUUGUGAAAUAAAACCCAUGCAAAAA